GUUGCUUUCAGAGCUUUGUUCUGAGACAUAAGAAGUUUUGCAUUGGAAACUAAAGAACAAACCCAGGAAAACACAAAACCACGGAACAAUGUGACUGCAUGUAUCGCAUGCAUGCACUGGUGCGGUUAACAUGGGAGUAUGAAGUUUACAACCUGAAAUAAAAGUGUGUUGGCAUAGAUGUGCAGCACAGGAAUGAAGAUGAUGUGGCGCUGAUGCUGCGAGUGCUCAGCCAAAGGCAUUGUGUUUACAAUGGCUGUGAGAGUGUUGAUUAAGUUCAGACUUAAGUGUCGAUGCGUGGUGGCGUUCCUGUGUCUCUUCAUUCUGUCAGUUGUGAUGAUAUACACCCUUCCAAACUUCCCAUCUGAGCAGAGCACUGUGCACCUACUGGGGCCCCUCAAUAACAAACCCAACAGGCUGGUGGAGAGGCGUUCCCUUAGACCUCAUCUUCAAAUGCCUUCAAACAGACAGAGUGGAACCCGAAAAAACACUGAAGUUAAGGAUUCCACCAAACAUCUCCUCAUGAUCAAUCAUCAUCAGCUAUCAUUUUCCUCUGGGAAAACAGCAGAGGGAAAAGUUUAUGUAUCAAGCAAUAAGUCUCCAAAAACUGGAGCAAACAAGAAAGAAGUGUCUCUGCAGAACAUGAACAAGCAUCUAUUCCAGCCAUUUGUGGCCACUGGCAACAGAGGGCAAGCCAUUAAACCAGGCAAUAGCAGAAACUUUAACCCAACUGAGGCUUUGCCUCAGUCCGCCAGCAUGCAAAGCCUCCACCCAAACAACAAGACAUGCCGGCACAAAUGCACACCAGAUGGGGUGAAAGCAAAGAGCCGUUUGGGGCAGUUCACUCAAGCACAGCAGGUGCCAAAACUGAAACCUUCUGAGAGGAAGAGGUCCCAUUCUGGAGCUGAAAUCAAGGGUAGGAUUCUAGCAGGGGCUGGCAUGAGUGAUUUUGCCACUGACUGGUGUAUGACUGUACCCAAUGAGGCUUUUAUUGAAGACUGGAACCAAACCAAAGCUGAAUCUCUGCCCUGGCUUAACGAGGAUGAUAUUAAAAAGAUGACGCUUCUCUCCAGAGACAGUGUGUUGAGUAAAGCCAGGCUUCCAGGCCAUGGACAAGUGCUUCAGGUUGGAUUCCGCGAUACAAAUGCUUUUGCAGAGGUCAAUCAUAUCAAACGUUGUCAAAUGGGAGGCUGUGCGCUCAUCAAACAUCCCAAUGACUGGUUUGAGGUGUUUGCCUUUCACCUGGACAGAGUUUUGGGUCUAAACCGGAGCUUGCCUGCUGUCUUGAGGAAAUUUCAAAGUGAUAUUUUACCAUAUAAGUACACCAAUGGGGCUCCCAGACCUGUGGUGUGGUGGGAUCCCAAUAUUCGGCACCUGUCUGAUGCUGAGAAUGACCAGAACUCUUUCUUACUCACCUGGCCUCAAUACCAGACAUUACUGCAGAGCAGGUGUGGUACUCAGGUGCCUUUAAACUCCACUAACUGUGUUGGAGUUCAUCACUCAGAAUGGGGGCGGCUGGCCUUGUUUGACUUUCUGCUGCAGGUGAAUGACAGACUUGACCGGUACUGUUGUGGAUUCAGACCAGACCCAUCAGAACUGUGUGUAGAAAACAUGCUGCAUAUUAAAUGUGGAAACCCAAGGGACUUAAAUCUGGUGCACAUUCUGGUUCGGAAGACAGAUCCAUCAAGAUUGGUCUUUAUUGACAAUGCUGGCAGACCUCAUCAACCUCAAGACAAUCUUAACUUCAGACUGGUUAAAGGUAUUGAUGAGUUUCCAGAGCAGGCCAUUUCAGUGCUACAGUCAGGCUGUCUAGAGAGGAUGCUCCUGUGGUCCCUUUCUGUGGAUCGUGAAUUCUGGGUGAGCAGAGGAGGAACAUCCAGUCUCAGAUCUCUCAUCCAGCAUGUGGAGCAAAGAGCCAAGGCCUUGUUGCUACAUAUACAAGAGAAGAAACUGAAACUUAACACAGACAUAUGACACUCUCAUGAAGAGAAUCUCUUAUACUGUAAAAAAACAAUUACUGAAUGAAAGGUUUACAGAAAUGUUUUGAAUUGUCCAUAUUCAUUUAUGUGACUGUUUCAAUGUGUGUUUGUUUUUCUGUUUAGAAAAUCAUGCAUGGCUAUGAAUUCUAUGCCAGUAUGUCUUCACUUUCAGAGAAAAUGUUGACACAAUCACAAAAACUGAUACUAAAACCCUAUAAGAAAUACAGUUGUCGCAAAAAGUAUUUGGACACUUAAGCCAAACUGAAAAAUCUCUUAUGAUUGACUUGAAUGUCUUUGUAUUAAAUAAUAAAAUAUCAAACCAAGUAGCAUUUUCUUUUUUAAAGGAAGGUACCACAAACACACUUUUUAAACUAAGCAGUAUUUGGACACUUUCUGGCUGACAGGCUUAGUUGAACAUAGUUAUAAACAGGUUACUAUGUGUGAACUUGAGAUGAACUGACUUUAUAUAUCCAGUUAAAAUAUCCUUGAGACCAGCUGGCUCAAAGUCAUUGCAAAAUGACUGUUUUCUAAUGCAUUGAAAUUCAUUGUUUUUUUUAACCUAAGUAUUCAAAUACUUUUUGGGGCCACUGUAUGUAGAGUAUAAAUAUGCAUGAAUCUAUGUACAAAAAGUUUAUGCAUAGAAAUUCCUUUCGGUUGAUUGAUUUGAAUUGUCCAGAUUCAUUUAUGUGGGUGUCUCGAAGUGCGUUUGUUUUGCUGUUAAGAUUAAGAAUGUCAUACAAAUGAAACAAGACAGCUAACAUGAAUGGAGGCAGUGAGAUUUAUCGAUUUUUGAGUCAAUUUGGCUAAUCAGGGUUGACAAUCCUUGAACUGUGAUUAAUAUAUAUGAGAUGCUCUCAACAUCUGAGAGAAGAGAAUCCAGAUGGUCAUUUGCAAAGCAGGACUAAUGCAAGGGCCUGUCACUGUAAGAGACUUACUCCACAACUGGUGCUUUAAUUCAGAUGUAAACCAUCUUGCUUCUCUUUCUGAAGUGAAAUGAACUGACAUCUGAAACAUAAAUGUGGAGUUUAUUUUGUAAACCUUCAAAACCAAGAAAACACAUGCAGGGAUAAAAGCUAAAUCUUUAAUGAAGUCUGCUUUACGUGCAAAGAAGGGAGGUAGAGGACUAUGAAACUGCAGUGUGGACUGAAACUGAACCCUCUCCAGGUAACAUUAUGCUGAUGCCCAAAGGCACAGUUAUGCACAAAAUUGAAGUCUGAAUUUGUGCUCGCAUCUGCUCUAUUAUUAUGAUUAUACAUAAGUCAAAGAGCUUUGGUUACUGAGUUCCUAAAUAGAAUCGGAGGCAAAUUCACAUCACAGAAGCACACUUUUGUAUGCCGUGUAUGAGCGCAAUCCAGUUAAACCAUGUACUGAAAUAGUGCUGUGCCAUUUUUAAAUUUGUGUUCUGUUUCUGAAUUUGAGAUUUGUCCUCAAGAAAUUACAUUUAUUAAGUAUUUCAAGAAUGGUAAACAAUAAAAUAAAAUCUAAA